AACUGUCUGCCUACUAACGGGAGUUGGUAUCCUGUUCUGCCACCUUCAUUGUGUCUGAGGGAUUUAUCACAAUCAAGCCAGAAGAUUUUGCAACAGUGUUCUACACAUGUGAUUGGACCAGUGCACCAUGGAAUAUCAAACGUCUUUAUUAAGGAAAGUCAGCUCAGCCUCUGCUGUCAAGUCUGUUCUUAAUUUGGCUGAUAACCUUCAGCUUACUUUGAGUCCAGAGCCCACUGCAGAAGAAAUCAGACUAAACGGUGCUGAGCAGACCUGCCCCCAGUUAAUUAAUGGAAAUGAAGACUUAAAACAGAUGUUGGAAAGCAGCAAAGAUUCAUCCAAACUGGAGGCGAUGAAAAGAAUUAUCGGGAUGAUUUCAAAUGGAAAAAAUGCCUCUGAGCUGUUUCCAGCUGUUGUUAAAAAUGUCGCCAGCAAAAAUCUCGAGAUAAAAAAGCUGGUGUACGUUUACCUGGUACGUUAUGCAGAGGAACAGCAAGAUUUGGCUCUGUUAUCUAUCGCCACUUUUCAGCGUGGUUUAAAAGAUCCUAAUCAGCUGAUCCGUGCAAGUGCACUAAGAGUCCUAUCCAGUAUCCGUGUGCCAAUUAUUGUCCCAAUAAUGAUGCUGGCUAUAAAAGAGGCUGCAGCAGACUUGUCUCCCUAUGUACGGAAGACGGCAGCACAUGCAAUCCAGAAGCUGUAUAGACUUGAUCCAGAUCAGAAGGACCUGCUUAUUGAGGUUAUUGAGAAGCUUCUUAAAGAUAAAAGCACACUUGUCGCAGGCAGUGUUGUGAUGUCAUUCGAAGAAGUCUGCCCAGACAGAAUCGAUUUGAUUCACAAAAACUAUCGCAAACUGUGUAACCUUCUGGUGGACGUAGAGGAGUGGGGACAAGUGGUGAUAAUUCAUAUGCUGACUCGAUACGCACGCACGCAGUUUGUCAGCCCAUGGAGAGAGGAUGACACAUCAGGGGAAAAUGCCACAACACAUUUUUAUGAAUCUGAUGAAGAAAAUGAGAAGGAUGAAAAUCAGAAAAAGCCAUACACUAUGGACCCAGACCAUCGGCUUCUCCUAAGAAAUACAAAACCAUUGCUCCAGAGCAGAAAUGCUGCGGUGGUUAUGGCCGUGGCUCAGCUUUAUUGGCACUUGGCACCAAAAAUCGAGACCAUUUUAGUUGCCAAGUCUUUGGUACGCCUUCUCCGCGGUCACAGGGAAGUGCAGUACAUUGUUCUCCAGAACAUAGCAACCAUGUCUAUACAGAGGAAGGGUUUGUUUGAACCGUUUUUAAAAAGUUUCUACAUUAGGUCAACUGACCCAACUAUGAUCAAAACACUAAAGCUUGAAAUAAUGACAAACUUGGCAAAUGAGGCAAAUGUCUCUACCCUGCUACGUGAAUUCCAGACCUAUGUAAAAAGCCAGGACAAACAGUUUGCUGCAGCCACAAUUCAGGCAAUCGGAAGAUGUGCAACCAAUAUAUCUGCCGUGACUGACACCUGUCUUAAUGGCCUUGUGUACCUGUUGUCAAACAGAGAUGAUGCUGUGGUUGCAGAAAGUGUUGUUGUCAUUAAGAAUCUCCUACAAACCCAGACGACUCAUCAUAGUGAAAUUAUAAAACACAUGGCAAAACUAUUUGAUAAAAUUACUGUUCCAAUGGCACGAGCCAGCAUUCUAUGGCUUAUUGGAGAAUAUUGUGAGCGAGUGCCUAAAAUUGCACCUGAUGUUCUGCGAAAGACUGCGAAAACCUUCACUAAUGAAGAUGACCUUGUCAAGCUGCAGAUAUUAAACCUUGCCACUAAGCUUUUCUUAACCAAUUCCAAGCAGACUAAAUUGCUCACACAGUACAUACUAAAUCUUGGCAAAUACGAUCAGAGUUAUGAUAUCCGGGACCGCACGCGAUUUGUAAGGCAGCUUAUUGUUCCAAAUGAGAAGAGUGGGGCUUUAAGUAAAUAUGCCAAGAGGAUAUUUUUAGCCCAGAAGCCAGCUCCUGUGCUUGAGUCUCCUUUCAAAGAUCGAGACCGUUUUCAGCUGGGCACGCUUUCUCACACACUGAAUGCUAAGGCUUCUGGUUACAUGGCGCUAUCUAACUGGCCAGAAGAAGCACCCGAUCCUUCUGUGCGAAAUGUGGAAGUUAUUGAGCCGUCCAAACCAUGGGAACCCUUGAAAGGAAAGAUGAAAAAAGAGAAAGCAUCAUUAGAAAAGUUCUAUUCAGAUGGUGAGGAAGAGGAGGAAGCAUCUGCAGCGUCCAGUGAAAAUGAGUCUGACAGUGAGGACGAAAGUGAUGAUCAAGAAAGCAGUUCUUCAAGUGAGGAAGACGAUGAAUCUAAUGAUGAGAAAAGCUCAAAAGAGGAUAAAAGUGAGUCUGAGGAUGAAGAGAAUGAAGUCACUGCAGAAAGUGAAGAUUCCAGUUCUACUUCAAGUGAAAGUUCAAACUCUGAUUCGGGGUCUGAAGUUGAUAGUGACUCUGAGAUACAGGCACCAAAAAAUAUCAUCAACCGCAAGAAAACGAAAAGUAAGCCUGUCAAACCAAAGGAACCACCUCAAAAAGAUGUUUCACUGCUAGACCUAGACGACUUUAAUGAUGUAUCGACUUCUGUUCCUGUUCCCAAACCUUCAGUGCUUUCUCCUAGUUUAAUAGGCGAUCUUCAAGGUUUAUCCCUUUCUACCUCAUCACCAGUACUAAAUGUUUGCAUGCCAUCUUUUGUUCCUGCUAAGACACAUGAACUUCUCCAUCGGAUGAGUGGCAAAGGUCUCUCUGCUAACUACCAAUUUCCUCGUCAGCCAUGUAUAUUUGGAGCUCAGAUGGUUUCAGUACAAGUUGCAUUUCAUAACACCAGUGACAAAAAUAUAGAAGAUAUUCACAUAGAAGAAAGGAAGACAGAUUUGAAGAUGCACAUAUUCAACCCAAUAGAUUCUCUGGAGCCAGAGGGAUCCAUUACUGUCUCAAUGGGUAUUGACUUUUGUGAUUCCACUCAGACUGCCAGCUUCCAGUUGUGCACUAAAGAGGAUCAGUUUUCUGUUGGAAUUCAGCCGCCCCCAGGGGAACUUCUUCUACCAGUUACUAUGUCAGAAACAGACUUUAAGAAAGAGCAAGCAAAGCUGAUGGGUAUGAAUGAGAAUUCCGCCACUAUCACAGUAUCUCCACAGAACAGCACUCCGCAGACUGUGGUGCACAAGUUUCUAGCUGCUGCCAAUCUUGGAGUAGUGCCUUCUGGUCAGAACAAUGUACACAGGUUUGCAGCAAAGACUGUGCACAGUGGGUCAUUGAUGCUAGUCACAGUGGAGCUGAAGGAAAGCUCUACAGCACAGCUCAUCAUAAAUACUGAGAAAACUGUGAUUGGCUCCAUUCUGCUGCGGGAGCUGAAGCCCGUCCUGUCCCAGGGGUAGCCAGCUUACAUCUGGACUUCAAAAUCUGGCACAAAACAAGACUGCCUGGCAUCCACUACUGCUGCCUUUCAUUUAUAAUAAUAGCCCUUCCAUCUGGCAGGAGGGGGAAGAAUACACUCUGGACAAUCUUGUCUACUGCUUCAGAAUGCUAGUAUCUAUCAUAUAUGCAAGCCCUUGUGAUAGGGAAGAUUUCUAACCAAAGAUCAUAUGCGUCUCUGUUACUUAUCAGUGCUGUUAAAAUUCAUCUCCCAUUUGUUACAUCUCCCAUUAUCUGUAAAGGUUUUUAUGUAUCUGGACCCUUUAGAGAUCUGAUUUCUACAUGGGUGCAAAUAAGAUGGUACUAAAGUGAAUCUACUUUAUGUAUUAGUUUCCACUGUUGCUCAGAGGUUUCAAGAAUUUCAAUUUGUUCUUUCUUUUUGAGAUUACAAAAUAAAAGUAUUAACACACUACCUAGUUCACUUA